AGUAUUAAAAACCACCCCCGGGUCAAAAAAUGGUGUUGUUUUUCACGUCCUGUCCAACCUCAUCACUGGUGAGCCAUUCCCCUGUCCCGUCGUCAACGAAAUCGACGACGACGACAUCAGAUCUCUUCCAAGAGCAUCCAAAGUCGCAGCCGAUCCCAGUAAGAAACAACGGUCAAUGGGACAACAGCGAUCACCUCUCGUGUUCGCCGCUCGAGCGAUUCCCAUCUCCGCUCGCCACGUCAGCGGAGUCUGUUAACUCGAUCAAGUCGAGUUGCUCGUCGCGCUCAUCGGCCGAACGUGAGACGGAACGCGCGCAACGUCGUCAAUUGCUCAAUACCAGCCUGAGUAAAUUGCGAGAGGAAGCGAACAUGCCACUUCGGAAGCAUCUUCUGAUCUUCCACACUGUCAAGACAAUCCAGAAAGACUUGGAUCAAUUGGACGACGAAGAAUUGUACUGCUCUCUGGUGGGUAUGUCGAACGACACGACGGCGAUGCUGAUGGAAGUCGAUGGUACCGGUGACGAGUAUAGUUGGGGCACCGAGAAGGAUUGCUACAACAACGAGAUAAUGAUGAUGACCGCCAACGAUGUCGUCGACUCCGCCGUCAUCUGCGGAGCACCUCAGAAACAAGAGGAGCGCGGCGCAUCGACCGAUUUCAGUGGAAUGAUGUUUGGCGACGAAUUCGAGAUGGAGGAGGCCGAGACAAAGACCUGGUCUUGGUCGUCUGGAGAUUCAAUUCUCGAUUCUGUUCAAGAUUCGAAAUCCAACUCAAUGGACGCUUUGUUCAAGUGGUCCUCGUCGUGCUCUGACGCAGCCUACAACGCACCGGUCUCCAACUCAUUCGGUGGAUGGGCUGACUCUUCGCCACUUUCUGGUGAUGGACUCUUCGGUCUCUCGGACGAUACGACUUCUUCGUGGUCCCACGGAGCCACUGGCUUCGACAUGUGGGGAACCAACGACGCGCUCGGAUCGGCUCGCUUCGACAUGCACAAUUUGCUUCUUUUGCAAGCUUAGAAGUGAUAUAGUUGAAUAGUAGCAGAAGCAGUACAAACGAAGAUCGAAACAAAAAGUCGAAGAAAAUCGAUGAAUCUCGCCAGAAUAUAACAUCUCAACUCAACGAACAUCAAAAGGACACACCACACAAAAGUUAAGAACUCUCUUUUUUAAAUUCUCAAACUCCAAACCCAACCCAAAACUCCAAACUCUUGUCAUCUACCUUUUCUUCACAGCAUAUCCUGUACAAUCAUCCAUUUAUUAAUUCAUUCCCCACAUUCAUUUAGUGAUUAGUUGUGUUUGAUACGGCACUUUCACGGUGUCUUGUCAUACAUAUCGUUGUGAAUAGUCUCUAGAUAUUUUCCACAUUUAUCCAACCUAAUAUUUUGGUGUACUACUGCCUAGUGAUCUCCCGACCGGGCCUAUCUCCCAUUCUCUCCAUAUUUCGGUUCUCUUUUUCUCUCACUCAAAAAUGGUUCUCUUCUACACUUUUUUACAUGUUUUUCUAUUCCUUUCCCCAUAUUCUGGUUUCCAAAUCUCAGUUUUUGCAACUCUCACGACAUGUGCAUUUCUUUAGAAGACUCCACACCUGUUUUUUUAAAAUUAGUUCCGGUGUUACGAUUGUUGAGCGUAAUGUAAUAAGGCAAGUGUACAUACUCCCUUCCCCUUUGAAAUGUGUAUCAUAUAAUGGUAACUUGUUUGUAUCCUCACUCACCUUGAUCCAUCUCCAUCUUAUGCAAUCUCGGUUAUUUUUACGUGGUCCCUUAUUCCAUCCAAUGUGUGAAACAUUCCACUGGUUGCCACGUCAAGGUUCCAAAUUCCCGAGUGAAACAAAAUCAUGACCUGGCAACCUGUGGUUAGUACAAAGAAGCCUCCUCUCAGAAAAACGCGGUUAUUAUCUUAUCCCAUUCUCAAUUGCCUCUUCUCACCUCUUGUCUAGUCAUCAAAAGCCCCCAAUUGACUUACCGUACUUGUUACACAUUUCUCUGUUUUAUAUCUGCCCUGCCUUAAAAUCUCUGUUUCCAUCCGUUCCCAAAACGAGUAUUCUUCCCAAAACACACAAAAAGUUUAGGAGUGUAGUAGGUUACUGUAGCUAGCUACUAUGUGUAUCUGCAUUUUCUCUUAUCUAGAAAACGUCCGGGUCGUUCUCCCACCACUAAAAAAUGUUCCAUCUCAUUCUCUUUUUAACGUUAAGUCGUUUUGUUUUGUUGUCUGCGUUCAGGGAUUGUUUCUUUCUUUAAUUUUUAUUUUUUCUUCACUACCAAAUCAUUGUUGUUUUCUUCCGUUUGCCACCUUCGGGUCACAAAUCUUUUUUUUCCAAAAUUUGCUAUUAAUGUGUUUUUUCUCAUCAUUUGGCGAAGCCGGUAUUUCAUUCCAUCUCUGUUUUCCAACCCGUCCCAAAUAGUUGUCCCACUUCCCCCCGUUAAUGAUAAUGAUUCAGUAGCCAAUUUUGUUUUCUUUUCCUUCUAGAAUCUCUGAAAAUCCUCUCAUUGUCUUCCCCACAGGUUCAAUCCGUAUUCAUUUGCGCCGCGCGCAACCCUCCAUCUUUUCCAACCAGCUUUACCCAUUUCAGUAAGUGCCCCGUCACUCUUACCAUUCUCUUUCACAUCCUCCACUCUCUUCAAUUUGCUUUUACCGUUUCUAGAUUUGAUUCUGUAGACUAAUAUGCGAGUGUGAGUGAGAUUUUGCGAGUGUGUGAGUUUGACUGCGCGCCGAACAGCCUAAAUCUGAAAAGUUUGGCGCGCGCACGUGGCGCAGUGAUUCGGUUGGAAUAUGUGGAUUUACAAUAAGGGUGAAAAAAAAAGACUUUUGAAAGAAAAGAAAAUGAAAAAAAAACCAAAAAAAAAUUGAAGAAACGAUAAGAACGAUCCCUAAAAUCCACAGCACAACAGACAACCGAACACUUCGAUCCACGACCCAGUGUACUUUCUAGAUCAGUCAGAUCCGGAAACCACCAACUUCCCCAAAAACCUUUUGAAUUGUAUCCACCUUUAGUUUACUCGCAUUCAGAACCCCCACAAUCCUCCCUCAACAUUGUAUCACUGGUCCCACCGGCGUCAGAGAUGUCCCUAAACAUUUCAAAAUCUUUGACCGGUGAGCCAGACGACCUUCAUUCCGUCAUCUCAAAAAAACAAAACAUGCCAAAAGAAAUACAUGUAUGAACAAACAAAACAGACAUCUUCCCGGAUCCCAAGUCACUAUCUAGUUAGUUAAGAAUACCUCUCUUGUCAAUUAACUUUAAUAUUUUCUUAAAUAAUCCAACAACCAUCUCUCAAUGUGCAACCCGUCAAAACACAAAAAAAGCUCUUUAACAUGGAUUUAGUCGUGUAUAAAUUUUCCAUUCUUGUCUCUUGUCACCACCACCCCAAAACAUAAUGUGAUUCCCACCUCAACUAAUUCUCAGUCAGUUUUGCAUUUUUUGUGUCUCCUACCAUCAGUGUGUACCGGUGUACGUUUGUGAGUGAGUGUGCUCCAAAUUGGAGCCUCGCGUAUGAACGGUGUCCUUUUUCAUUUUUAUUCGACUUUCCCCUCCUCAUCUUUUGUACUGUUCUUCUUCUACAUUCUCCUUUCAAUCAUUCUUUUCCAAUCUACAAACCCGAUCAACUCAGUGUGCUUUUUGCCGAUUUUUCUCUCUCGAUUGUGUCGAUAAUUUAUGUAUUUUUGCUUCAUUUCAACCUUCCCCCGACAGAUAAUAUAUUGAUUAUUCGACCUCUCCCUUUCCCCCCAAUAGUGUCUUAUUUCUAUCUCUAUUCCCUUUUCGUUUGAACUCGAUUUCAUACGCGGUGUGAAGGCUAUAAAUAAAUACGUUUUUGUUAG